AAUGGCGAGCUUGGUCAAUUGGACUUGUUUGAGUCCGCCCUAACCUUCCCCCUUUCUGCUAAUACAUGAGGAUUCCGUAUCCACGGUAAUCUGGGAAUGCAAUCUACGGCCACCGCAACCAGUUCGAUUACUUCGACUACUUUAGCCACUUCGGUCUCCGCUCUCACCCUCUCUUCACAAGACUCUGCAUACCCUCCACCCUUCAUUACAUCCGACAUUAGCUUGACCUCUCGCCGGAUCGUAAAUCCGAGUUGCAAGUCCACCGUCGCCGAAACUUGGCGCUGGAGGCGAAUCUCGCAGCCCCGCAGCCCCGCAGGCCGAAAUGCUGAAAGUUGCGGCUGUGGAGCUAGUGCUAUCUUUCGAGCCUUUGAAGAUGACUGUAAGUGGUAUGGUUCUUGUCGUAAAUGAAGAGUGGGGGAGGUGGUUUGGGAGAGGGACCAACUUCGACA